UGCACUUGUAGAGCAACUCUGUUUUCAUAUGAAGCAAUAAUUUUUGAGCAGCUUGGCGUCGUUAUAAGUAAAAUUUAUUAACAAUAUACAAACAAAGCGCCUGACUUGUUAAUUUAAACAGUAAAAUAAACUGUAUAUGAAAUGGCUCAAAUCUGGAUGGACAACGAAAAUGCGGGUGCACACAUGUUGCCCCGUUCAGCGCGCAAAGCCAUGGGCGACAAUUCACUGCAGCAGUCCGCAAAGAAGAGCGUGCUUGGCAAGUUGGACAACAUGUUGAACAAUAAAUCGCAUAUGACGCCCUUCAAAGGCGCCAACACGAAAUUUCCCGCUAGUUGCGCGCCAAAAAUUUCCCUUUGCAAAGAAACGCUGCAGAAACAGCAUCGGAAGCUGCCCCAAAAGGCGGCGGCGUCCCAGCAGCUGCUGGAGGCGCAGUUCAAGGCGCCGCAGUCGGUGCCGAAUGUGGCGAACGAUCUUUAUGCUAAAUCUGCCGACUCCACUAAUGACUUCGAUUUAUACGAUUAUAUGGAUUUCCCCUCAGAGAAAUGCUUAAACAAUUGCCAGAAACCAAUCACAUUUAAGAAUUUCGAACCCAUGAUCAAUGAGGAGCUCAUAUCUAAAUUACUGAACACAAUGGAAACGGAUGAGGAAAUUGUGGAAGAUAUCCCUAUUCAUCUCGAUUUUGAUGCUGACGAUAUAGACUGCCAGCCAAUAACAUAUAAAUCGAAUGAAAUCGAACCUCUUAAAGAAGAUAUAUUCAAUCCUCCGUUGCCAUCUUAUUCAUAUUUCACAGACUUCGAGUGGGAGCUUUAACAGAAAAUCCUCACUAAAUAUGUUAGAAUCAAUUUUGUUUUAGUCAUAAUUUCUAUAUUUAAGUUAAAAAGAGACGAAAAUUAGUUGUUAGCUGUACGAAGUAUUUCUGUUAUAUGAUAUAGUUCUUCAAUUUGACAAAGCUGUAUGCAUUUAUGUAAUAAUUCAAAUUUAGUAUUAUCCAUUAUUAACUAGAA